ACGAACUUUCGAGAGUAGUGUGCGAUUUGGAGUUAAUCGAUGCGUGUUAAUUUGAUAUUUGUAAAAAGCGUUUGUAGCCUAAUUGGAAAUUUAGCUGGAAUUGCUAAAUUUAUCGCGGAAAUUAAGCGUUCCGUGAUUUUGCACUUAAACGAUAGAAUAAGCAGUUAUGAAAAUGGAGCAGCUGGAGACAGCGCUGACUGCUAUCAAGGUGCUUCGUUCUAACGUUGGACAAGUGUUUGACUCUCUUGGAAAUGGUUUACGGGCAGAACAUGGGGAAGAAAACAAAGAAUCAAAAUAUUUAUUUGAAUUACAGGAACUAUUGACCACUGUGAACUUAAAUUUAAGGGACGUAGAACAGGCGAUAAAUAGCUUAAAUCCCCCACCUGGUCCAUUUAAUUUAGCCAGCACAACCUAUCUUAAUCAGGAAACGACGCAAGAAAGACAAGCACUUUAUAGCACUCUUGUUAAUAGUUACAAAUGGACAGAUAAGCUUCAUGAAUACAGUAAUGUUGCAGGCACAUUGCUCAAUCAAAAUUCUCUAAAGAGAUCUUAUUAUGGUACAAGUAGAGCAAAGAAGGGAAAACAAAUAACCAGCAGUCAUAAUGUUCCUCAGGCGCAAGUCGAUUCCAUAAUAGCGUCAUGUGACCGAUUGUUCAAUGACAUGACGAUAUCCGUGUCUCGUCCAUUUGCGUCAAACGCGAUGUUACACGUUACACUGGGACAGGUUCUAAAAGCGGUGAUAGCAUUCAGAGGAUUGAUGAUAGAACGGGUAGUAGUCAAGGGCUAUAGCGAGACGAUGGAUCUGUGGACGGAAUCUAGAUAUAAAGUCUUUCGCAAAGUAACAGAAAACGCGCAUGCCGCAAUGCUGCACUUCUUUUCACCCACGUUACCCGAAUUAGCAGUGCGAUCAUUCAUGACAUGGUUUCAUAGUUUAAUCAAUUUGUUUAGCGAACCGUGCAAACGCUGCGGCUUGUAUUUGCACAGUGCGCUCCCUCCAACUUGGAGAGACUUCCGAACUUUGGAUGCUUAUCAUCAGGAAUGCAAGCCAUAAGAUGCAAGCUUUUCAAAACUAUAUGUCUUGCAUUUUACAAAAAUUAAAUAAUCUAUUCUUGCAGAUAUUUUAUUUAUAAUGUACAGUGAUAAAAUUUAGUGUCAUUUGACAUAUUUUUUCUGAAGACAUUUGUCGAGAUUUGAAGGGUUGUAUAUAUUAAAACCAUAAAAGUGUGAAAAUAAAAUACUUUUAUCUACUGCAA